AUGGACGGAGUCUCCUGCCUACCGCGGUUCUACGUCCCCGGGACAGUCCCAGUUUCAGCUGAGAAUGAGCCAGCCUGGCUCAACGCAAUGGCCCGCGAUGUGCAGCAGGUCAGCUUCGACUCCGUGUUUGGCAUCCGCUCAAGGUGGUCAAAACACCAGCGCCUGGCCAUCCUCUUGCAAAGCCUAUGCUUGUCCUGCAGGCUCUGCAUGUUCUGGCUUUUCGCCAGCCGAGCUAGCACCAACAGUCCAGAAGCCAAAGCAACAGGAAGUCACCCACACAGUUGCUCGGGGUUCAGUUCGAGGUCUCCCGGUUUGGCCACGGAGCAAUCCAUUCAGCCGCAAGGGUCCUGUCGAACCGGUGCAGACACCUCCGCGUCCGCGACCCCUGGUGCAUCUGUAACCUCGCUUCACACCGAUGCAGAUCCUUAUGCCUUCUGCCAAAGGAAGCGGUGCAGAACAGGUAGGUGA